AUGGAUUAUACUUAUAAAAAAGAAAGACGUUAUUUUGGCUCCCCCGUUUCCUUUGGCAACAAGGAUGAGGUCAUAUUUUCUGAAAAUUCCAAUCGUGAAUUGGUUAAGAAUUACAUACUUAAAAAUCCGGUGGAUCGUGAUACCCAAUAUGCCAAUCAAAUGUCUUUUAGUGAGGCCAAUACGGAAAGGGCCACUUAUAAACAUGUGGGCAUUACCCACAAUGAGGGUGGCUGGCCCAAAGACAUUAAUAUGCAUGAUCCCGAACAGACGGUGAGGUAUAAAAGGAAAAUCGAAAAAGAUGAGAAUUAUAUAACCCAGGUCAUGAAUUUGUGUAAACCUAUGGAACAGUACAUUUACCAAAAUAAUGCUGUGAAUAUCUAUGAAAACUAUUUCGAUGAAUUAGAGCCGGCUCCUUUACCCGAACCCUGUCGAUCUCGAACGGUAAAUGUCUAUCGAGAUCCUAAUCCCAUUAAAGUGCCGGUUACCCAUUUGUCCUGGUCACCAGAUGGUGGCAUUAAAAUGGCCGUUAGCCAUUGUGAUAUGAAAUUUCAGGGUGAUAAAACGGGCCAGAAAUGUAAUUCCUAUAUAUGGGAAGUGGAAAAUCCCAAUGAGCCCUAUUUGACAUUAGAGCCUAAAGUUCCUUGUGUUUGCUUGGAAUACAAUCAAAAAGAUCCCACCAGUUUGGUGAGUGGCAUGUAUAAUGGCCAGGUAGCGGCCUGGGAUACAAGACAUGGCAAAAAUCCCGUAAUGAUUAGUGAACGCGAGGUGUGUCAUCGUGAGCCGGUAAAUUCGGUUUUAUGGAAUAAUUCGAAAAGUGGUACCGAGUUCUUUUCGGGUGGUUCAGAUGGUCAGGUUUUGUGGUGGGAUACUCGCAAAUUAAAUGAGCCAUUGGAUCGUUUGCUAAUGGAUCCGGUUAAAAGUGAUGAACAGGAUUUGUCUCGUUCGUAUGGGGUAUCGGUGUUGGAAUAUGAGACCACCAUACCGACAAGAUUUAUGGCGGGCACUGAAAUGGGCAUGUUGUUUGGCUGUAAUCGCAAGGGCAAGACGCCAUUGGAGAAGAUACAAAUAAGGAUGAUGUGUCAUCUCGGUCCAGUUUAUGCCAUUAUGCGCAAUCCAGCCUUUGUUAAAAACUUUCUAACCGUUGGAGACUGGUGUGCCCGCAUAUGGUCGGAAGAUUGUAGAGAAAGUUCUAUAAUCUGGACCAAAAGUAGUAGCGCCAUGUUAACCGAUGGGGCCUGGAGUUAUACUAAAGUCUCACAAUUUUUCAUAACCCGCAUGGAUGGUGUUUUGGAUACCUGGGACUUAUUGCAGCAACAAAAUGAGCCCGUUCUAACCGUCAAAGUCUGCGAUGAGCCUUUGUAUUGUGUGCGUACCAAUGAAAAUGGUAAAUUUGUUAGUUGUGGCAGUAAAUUGGGGGCUACAUUUUUAAUAGAGGUUUCCGAAAAUAUGGUGACUUCGAAUAAGAAUGAUAAGCCUUUGCUAACCGCAAUGUUUGAACGUGAAAAUCGCCGUGAAAAAAUUUUGGAAGCAAAAUCCCGAGAAAUUAAGCUUAAGGUGAAAACAAAUCUGGGCCAAGAUCAGGGUGAUUUGACCAUGCUAAAUGGUAAUGUUAAUAUAGCACCAUUUAAAAGUGCCUGUGAACAGGCUGAGGCGGAAUAUUUUGCGGCUGUUGAACAGGAACGCCUGAGGCGUAUACCCGGCAACAAGCAGGACUUGGACGAAACUGAAGUCUCAGAAGCUGAGAGCAGUGUUAAAAUUUAGUGGGGGAAG